AUUUAUUAGUGCAACCGCGGAAAUUGUGUCGAGAGAAUCAACCGCCACGGAAGUUGGAUUGGGGGAAGAAAGCAAAAAAUGGCGACGACUUGGAUAACGUUACAGCCUCCGAAAUCAUGUUAUUUACGGCUCAUUCCAUCGCCGUCGCCGUCGCCGUCGCCGUCGCUGGCUUCAUCCACUUCGCGUCGACGUCACCGUUAUCUCUUGAACCCGACUUUUCGAUGCGUUCCACUUCAGCAACAAGAGCUCCAGAUCGAGCAGUCGCAGGGAGACGACGGAGCUGUGAUUCUGUGUGAGGACUGUAACGGGAAAGGAUGGUUGCUCUGCGAUUUCUGUAAAGGACAGAAAACAAAUGUGAAAUCUGAGAACAAGAGAAUCUAUCGUCGAUGCCCAACUUGUAGAGCUGUGGGAUAUGUGUUGUGUAAAAAGUGUAAAGUGUUCAAGUGUGUCACAUUUCCUAAUCCAGAAGACGGCGAUGAACUUUUGUUCUAAGCUCAUGUAUAAGCACAUUUGUAACAUUAUAUCAGAUAAGUGAUUGCAUUGGCUUCUUCACUGAUCUCUAUGUUCAUGUGUAAACCUGGCUUACGAACCUUUCCUGGUUGCUUUCUUGUCUGCAAUGUGUCUCUGUGGAUACAUAUAUGCAUUCAUUGAUUCAUUCCAUUAGAAAAAUGGGAUUCUCUUGUCUUUUAAGCAGAGCCAUGGACGUACACUCUCCAACGGUUUUUUAUGAUUCCAACGCAUAUGGUUGUUCUUGUUAAUCUGCGGCUGGAUCUUGCUGUCGUUUUUUUAUAAAGUCUCAAGUCUCCUUAUUCAUUAUCCUUGAUAUCAUGUUCAGGAGAUUAAGUGCACAUGUAUAUAGCUAUUAGUUUAGAAAUUUUGCUGGUAUUUAAUCCUCAGGUACAGAUGUCAUGUGGCCUUUGUCUGAUUUAUCGGAUCUCGAAUCUUGGAUGUUUAUGUUUUUGACUUUGA